AUGUUUGCAGCUCAGAAGCCAACUUCUGAAACAGAAGAGACUGGGAGAUGGGCGGUCCCGGAUUAUGAGCCGUCUCUGCCGGUGACAGAAAAAUCAAACCCUCUCACCCGAGAUAUCGAUAGAGCAGCCCCUGCACAGAUGGUCCGGCUGCUGGAGAGCUGUGACACAGAAAUAUUUCAGGAGAGAUGGGAGGGUGUUACGGACUACCAGGGAUUAUUAAGUGAUGCUGUGGUGGGGAAGCUUUGUCAUGUGGCCAAGAAGGUAGAGGAUAUUCUAAAGGCCCCAGAGGACAGUCUUAUCGUCAUGAGUGGGUGUGGCACUUCUGGCCGUCUGGCUUUCCUAUUGGCAACAUCCUUCAACAGACUAUUGAAAGAAAAACAACAAAAGCAGAUCUACUCUUACAUUAUUGCUGGAGGUGACAAGGCCCUUCUGACAUCCCAGGAGGCCCCAGAGGACAGCCCCCACCUGGGAGCACAGAUGUUGGAGAAGGUCUGUGCAGGAAAGAAGCAGGUCCUCUUUAUUGGAAUAUCCUGUGGGUUAUCGGCACCCUUUGUUUCUGGCCAACUGGAUUAUUGUAUGAACAAUCUGAACAUGUUCACACCUGUGCUGAUCGGAUUCAACCCUGUGUGCAUGGCAAGGAAUGAGCCCAUUCCUGGCUGGCCUUUAACCUUUAGAGACGUCGCAGAAAGGAUGGCCGUGCUGCAGGAAACUCACAGAGCAUUCAUCAUUAACCCUAUCGUGGGACCUGAAGCCAUCAGUGGAUCAUCCAGGAUGAAGGGAGGAAGUGCCACCAAAAUCCUGCUAGAAACUGCCCUAUGGACAGGGUACAGAGCAGCUUUCAGCCAUCAGCCAAUCACAGCCAGAGAGGUCGUGGGCCUGAUGAGGGUUCAUGAGACAGUUCACAAAAUCACAUACUCUCAGAGUGAGGGGAUCGCUUUCCUGGUGGAACGUGCAGGGGUGAGCUUGCAGAGGGGAGGGCACGUGUAUUAUGUGGGCUGGCACUCCUUAGGAGUGAUAGGGAUCAUUGAUGCCAGUGAAUGCAUUCCAACAUUUGGAGCAGAACCAGAUGAUAUCUGUGGAUUUAUCAAUGAUGGUUACAGUGAAAUGAGCAACAAAGAGGGAGAUUUAUCUUCACUAGGGCCUGAAUUCCACAUUAGCCACAAAGACUUUGUGAGCACCGUUUUACCCAACGUGACCCAAUCAGACACUGUGAUCUUUGUCUUUACUUUGGAGGAUGACCUGGAUGCUGCUGGAACUCUAGCUGCUCAAGUGAAGGAGAAAACAUCAGAUGUUCAUGCUGUAGCUCAUGCGUUUGGGUCAUGCACCAGUCUGCAAAAUAAUGAAAAGAUCAAAGAUGUGUUUGGGACUGUUUUGAAUGUCACAUGGCCCUGUCCUGAACAAGACGGCUCCUACUUCGUGAAGCUACAGGCAGAGUUGUCGACAAAGUGGAUUUUAAACGCCAUCAGCACAGGAGCUCACAUCUUAAAGGGCAAAAUCUAUCUCAAUUACAUGAUGGACCUAAAGGUGACCAACAGCAAGCUGUUCAGAAGAGCCAUUCAUAUGCUGCAGGCAUUCACCGGCCGCUCCGCAGAGCAGUGCCAUCAGGCUCUCCUGCAGGCCAUCUACAACUCGGAGGACCCAACCGAUGAAACCCGUAAAGCAGGCAUCAGCAUGCACACAGAGCGGGCCAGCAGCAGGGACAAGGUGGUGCCCACUGCCCUGGUUAUUCUGACCCAGAACUGCACUUUGCUUGAAGCCAGAGCUCAGCUGGAUGCUCACACAGUCAUCAGAGACGCGGCUGAGGCCUGUCUCAGAAGAACCCCAGACCACAUCACUGCAAUAUGACCACAGUGUUCACUAAUGAGAUUCA